CUUUGGAUACUAUCUUCCAAAACCUUCCGUUUUGGCCUAUAAAUCCCUGGCAUUCCACUGUCCUAAAUCCAAACACACUAACAUCAUCAUCAUCAACCACCCUCUUUGAGAGUCCAGUGAGAGACCCAGAGUGUGAGAGGUGUCGAAGACGAUGAAGUCCAAAUGUUCGAUUCUGAUCCAUAUCGUGUUGCUUCAAUGCCUAGUGGUCCUCGUCGCAUCGCAAGGCUUUGAUUUCUUCUACUUCGUUCAGCAGUGGCCCGGGUCAUACUGCGACACAGAGCAGUCCUGUUGCUAUCCGACCACUGGGAAGCCAGCAGCGGAUUUCGGGAUUCAUGGGCUCUGGCCUAAUUACAACGACGGCUCGUACCCGUCCAACUGCGAUCCCAACAGCCCCUUCAGCCCGUCGGAGAUAUCGGACCUCCAAAGUAGUAUGCAGAGGAGCUGGCCAACACUGGCGUGCCCGAGCAGCGAUGGCCAACAGUUCUGGUCGCACGAAUGGGAGAAACACGGUACCUGCUCGGAGUCUGUCCUUGAUCAACACGCUUACUUCGAAUCGGCUCUCGGCCUCAAGCAGAAGGUUAACCUCCUCCAAGCACUGACAAGCUCAGGAAUCACACCAGGAGGCUCAUACAGCUUAACGAGCAUAAAAGACGCUAUCACGGAUGCAGUAGGGUACACUCCGUGGAUCGAGUGCAACAAGGACUCCUCCGGGAACUCCCAGCUUUACCAGAUUUACCUGUGCGUCGACACUUCCGGGUCCGACCUAAUCAAAUGUCCUGUGUUUCCUCAUGGCGCGUGCUCUUCAGAGAUCGAGUUCCCUUCUUUUUAGGACUUAAAUAUGUGGUUGCCCAUGGUGUCGUAUCGUGUGUAUGUGUCAG